UUGCCAGACCAUGUAUUACUGAUAAAUUUCAGAAGUUGGUAUUCCUAGUUUAUACUCUUGUCCCCUGAGCUGCUUUAAGUCUUGUCAUUAUUUGAAAAGCUUCAUUAGUAUUGUGUAUAAAAAAGAAAUCUGUUUGGAACAGUCAAAAGACCUCGACCGACUGCUCGGGAGGCGUUUCUGUGUCGCCCCGUCCGCAGCCUUCGGAUCCACGCCGUCGCUUCGCUGGGGCUCUGCAGAGUAGAGGCUGCGCUCGCAACAGACUACGCCGAGGAAUGCGCUGCGAGAAAUGUGCAAAAUCAAACACUUGUAGGCCUCCUCGCACUCGAAAGUGUUUUCUCGUGCGCCUGUGCUGAGGCGAAAGAGUUCCUCACUCGAGUCGGUCGGCGAGCGACUUUUCUCGGACACAUUUCUACUCCUUCAUUUGUUAUUCAUUUAGGCAUUUGCAGGAAAACACUACAGAGCGUAGAACUGAGUGAGGUUAUAAUAUUUACCAGGAAAAGAUGUGAUAAAUAACCAGUUUUUAAAUGUUUACUUGAAUUUUCUCUUUAAACGGAAAUGAACAAGAAAAAUCUUGUGUGGAAGAUAUUCUUACUUGAACGAAACCCGUUCAUAUUGAGCAAUAUAAAAAUUAAAAUUUGAAGCAAGAAACUUGAAGGAAAUUGAAUUAAUUCAUUAUUUUUCUUAAUACGUAUAAGUACUGUUUUUUAAAUUAAGUAUUGAAUUGUAUGCAAUGUAUUUCUUUAUUAGGUAAUUCGAACUCGUUAAAGUGAUGGCUUACAAUGAUGGUAACAAAAUAACGUUUUCACGGGUUAAAUUACUUCAGAGCAUUGAAUAAAAGAAGAAAUGGGGCUCGCAGCUGAUCUCGUAGCGAACUGCUGUCACCCCUCUCGGCUCGUGGCACCUACAGGCAUUUCGAGACACCGGAAAACCGCAUUCCACAGUGUGGCCUCUUCCCUCUUUGCUCGCGGCGAUGCGGUCUGCUGCGGGCCCAGAGCGGCGGCGAUAAUGCGCGAGGCGCUGCGCUGCGGAGGCGCGUCGCUCGAGUGCCGUGCGCGAUUAGAUCGGAUUCGAUUGCUUGGGGGGGGGGGGGGGGUGGGGCCGUGGAUGUCCAGCGCAGGCCAAGUCCAGUCGGCCUCAACCCUCCGGCAAUCUGCGAAGCGAUUCAUCCGCACUCUUGAAUCCUCUGAUCUUCAGUGCGCAGCUGGCGGUGCUUUUGACUUCGAUUUCCGCGCCAAGGGCACUGAGGCACUUUUGAUCCUUGCUGAGAAGAGAGAAACGAAAUGGAUUCUAUGCGCAGCGGUGGCGGGGAGCGGCAGCGCGUGGUGGCGCCGGCGGCGCCCGCGGUGGUGGAGGUACGGCGCGAGGGCCACAAGCACCGCCUGGUGCGCGCCGCCAACGUCUUCUCCUUCGACGCCGCCGCCCCGCGCGCCGCCCCGAUGGCCGCGGGGGCGCUGGAAGAUCUGGUGGAGUGCCUGGUGUGUGGCGAGCGACUGCGCCAGCCUCGCAUGUUGCCGUGCCAGCACACCUUCUGCGCCGAUUGCCUGGUGGAGCGCCUGCAUAUGAAGAAAGGGCGGUCGUACGCCGUGCUGCGGUGCGCCGCGUGCGGGCUGGAGCUGCAGCUGGCGCUGCCCGCCGCCGACGCCGCCUCCGCCGCCGCCGCCGUCGUGGCGCUGCCGCGCAACGUGUACCUGGAGUCGCUGCUGCGCCUGGUGGAGCUGCAGCCCCCGCCCUCGCCCGCGCCCGCGCCCGCGCCCGCCGACGCCGAGCCCCAGCCGCAGCCCUGCGCC